UGAGCCACCUCUCCCUUGGGGCACAGCUUCCAGCAAUGUCAUAGUCCUUUUCACCAACUUCUCUGGAUGUCGGUGAUCCAGAGAUUGAAGACUCCGUGGUGUAGAAGACCCUGCUCUCCAUGCAUGGUGUCUGCAGUGACAGUCUCUCAGCCAGGGUGCCCUGCUCUGUUCAGGAGCAGGAUGCACUGCAGAAGGGCCCUGGUGGAAUCUGGUGACUGCACCGAGGCGCGACCCCAGCCCUAAGGCCACCGCUGCCUCCACUACACGGGCUGGGGGCUCCCACCCUGAGGCCGGCUCGGUGCUUGGCUUGGCUGCUGUUCAGUCUGAGCUCCCCCCUCUCCCUCCCAGUCCCUGGAGGCUCUGUGGCUGCCGGAGCUGGAGGUGGAGCCCAGCCCUCGGCCGACUGGGCAGGAGGGAAAGUUCAGCAGCGGCGGGAGCAGCGUAACAGAGGGAGCCCCGCCCGGCUGUCCGUAGGGCUGCCUGGGGUCCCCUGACCAUGAAUGACAGGCUGAAGAGUUGCCAUGGGGGUCUACAGUUCUCAGUGUGAGAAGCUUUAAAUAAUCAUUUCUGUGGUUGGAAUCCUCAAAUCUUCUACUUCAUUGCCUCUGGAGCAUAACCAGCGGUGGCAUUGAGCUGAACACGGCGCUUGCAGAAGGGGGCGGUACUUUCUGUCUGGACCCUGACUUGGAAGCCAAGUGCGACUCCAGGGCAGUCACCACCAGAAGCAGAUGUGCGAGCAAGCAGCUGUGUGCCUUUCUUUCUCCCGAGACUCUUUCCCAUUACAAGGAGAGAAGCCAAGAUUGUUUAUUAGCCACUGAAGGACUUGCAUAGCACUUACUCUUGCAGAAAUUAUAGAGGUUAGUAGAGUUUGGAUGGUCCCAAGCUUCUGACCUAAGUAAAGAUGGAGGACAACUGGAUGCUCAUCUAACCCACGGAUUUGAACAAGCUGAGAGGGUGUAUUUAGGCACAGGGAGUUGAAAUACCAGCUAAUACAGAGAACAUGACUCAGGUCCCCCUCACCUUCGGCACAUCAGGAAGACUAUGAUGGGAACAAAUGAAAGAACUUGGAGGUCCCAUUUAACUGGUUGCUUCUGCCUAGAAGAUCUUCCUUUGGAAACAGGAGAGCCGUCUUUGUGUCAUGAUUGACUCCCGAAGGCAGGCCACGUUCUAGAAGGAAAUGGAUGAAACUGGUCCCGGGGGCUUCAGAGGCACUGGGCUCUAACCAGGAAAGCCCUUGUGUGGGGCCUUUCCGGCACCCUGGGAUGCUGCACACGCUGGACGUAUGGCCUGCGCCUGAAUGAGGAUGGUCCGUCGUGGGCUGCUGGGGUGGAUCUCUCGGGUAGUGAUUCUGCUGGUACUUCUCUGCUGUGCCAUCUCUGUCCUCUACAUGUUAGCCUGCACCCCAAAAGGCGACCAGGAGCAGCUGGGACUGCCCCGGGCCAAUGGCCCCACAGGCAAAGACGGCUACCAAGCAGUGCUCCAAGAGCGCGAGGAACAGCAUCGCAACUAUGUGAACAGCCUUAAGCGACAGAUCGCACAGCUCAAGGACGAACUGCAGACACGCAGUGAGCAGCUCCGCAGCGGGCUGGACCAGGCCAGCGAUGCCACUGGCCUGCGUUCAGGCUGGGACCCUGCCCCCAAAGCCCAGGCCGAUCUGCUGGCCUUCCUGCGCGGGCAGGUGGACAAGGCCGAGGUCCAUGCAGGUGUCAAACUGGCCACCGAGUACGCUGCCGUGCCUUUUGACAGUUUCACCCUGCAGAAAGUGUACCAGCUGGAGACCGGCCUGACCCGCCACCCUGAGGAGAAGCCGGUGAGGAAGGACAAGCGAGACGAGCUGGUGGAAGCCAUCGAAUCUGCCCUGGAGAGUCUGAACAGCCCUGGGGAGAGCAGCCCACACCAGCGUCCUUACACGGCUGCCGACUUCAUAGAAGGGAUCUACCGAACAGAAAGGGACAAAGGCACUUUGUAUGAGCUCACCUUCAAAGGGGACCAUAAACAUGAAUUCCAACGGCUUGUCCUAUUUCGACCCUUUGGCCCCAUCAUGAAAGUAAAAAAGGAAAAACUCAACAUGGCCAACACGCUUAUCAACGUUAUCGUGCCCCUAGCGAGGAGGGUGGACAAGUUCCGGCACUUCAUGCAGAACUUCAGGGAGAUGUGUAUCCAACAGGAUGGGAGAGUUCAUCUCACCGUUGUUUACUUUGGGAAAGAAGAAAUGAAUGAAGUCAAGGGAAUACUUGAAAACACUUCCAAAGCUGCCAACUUCCGGAACUUCACCUUCAUCCAGCUGAAUGGAGAAUUUUCCCGUGGAAAGGGACUGGAUGUCGGAGCCCGCUCAUGGAAGGGAAGCAAUGUCCUGCUCUUUUUCUGUGAUGUGGACAUCUACUUCACCUCCGAGUUCCUCAACACGUGUAGGCUGAACACACAGCCAGGGAAGAAAGUGUUUUAUCCGGUUCUUUUCAGCCAGUAUAACCCUGGCAUAAUCUACGGCCAUCAUGAUGCAGUCCCACCCCUAGAUCAGCAGCUGGUCAUAAAGAAGGAAACUGGAUUUUGGCGGGACUUUGGAUUUGGGAUGACUUGUCAGUACCGUUCGGAUUUCAUCAACAUAGGUGGAUUCGACCUAGACAUCAAAGGCUGGGGUGGUGAAGAUGUGCACCUGUAUCGGAAGUAUCUACAUAGCAACCUCAUAGUGGUCCGCACGCCUGUACGGGGACUAUUCCACCUCUGGCAUGAGAAGCACUGCAUGGAUGAACUGACCCCUGAGCAGUACAAGAUGUGCAUGCAAUCCAAGGCCAUGAAUGAGGCAUCCCAUGGGCAGCUGGGGAUGCUUGUCUUCCGGCAUGAAAUAGAGGCUCACCUUCGCAAACAGAAGCAGAAGGCAGUCAGUAAAAAGACCUGAUCUCCCAGGUGCAGAUUAGUGGAAACAUUGAAGCUGUUUGCCUUAGGCACUUACUGAAAAAGUAGAUGCAGCAAAGUAUAGACUUCCACAAAGGGCAACAAAGAAUCUGACGGAUGAAUAAAAGAGAUGAAAGCAGAGAGUCUCCGGUUUCUGUUGACUCUGUGGAUGGUGACAGUGACUGUAUUUACAGGAAAAUGAUCUCUCUGUCCCUGCUCACUGAAAUAUUCACAACCUCAGACCAGCUUUGCAAAAAGUUCCCUAGAAGAGAACUUCUCUUCUUGGGAAUGGUUCCAUCAGAGAGCUUUGGUAUUCAGGACUAUCAAAGCUUCAGAAGGAGCAGAGGACUGUGAGAAAUGUGGAUCAGACAUGAACACCCUCCAGGGGACAGUGAGCAAAAUAAAAGGACCUGGAAACAAACUGUCAGUACUGUCAUCCCCCAAUAUUAACCAAAAAACCCCUCUUUUCUGUUAUCUUUUACAGAAUAUUCUAAAAAUGUACUUUUUCUUGUAUUAUGUUUAUUUAAUUACCUAUUUGCAAGCCUUAGUAGGAGCACAUUGUAGUAUAUACACUUUUAUGAUUUUUAAGAUUUAUUUUUAUCUUGUGUUGGUUUGUUUAUUUGAAGAAAAAACACGGAGUCCAAACUAACUUUGAAAUCGUGUCCUUCUGCCUCAACAGCCUGGGUGCUAAACUUACAGAAAUGCACCACCACUGCUGGCAAGAAGGUACCUAUAGAGGUAUGUGACCAGAACCUUCAGCUGCAAGCUUCUGACAGCAAACCUGAGGACUUGCCAAACUCAGAUAAAGAUAAGGCUGUGUGGGGCUGCAGAGCAAAAGGUAUAUGGAAACUAUUAGGACUGUUAGAAGAGGAAUGACCAAACACUGGAGAAAGGAAAAGAAACUUUUGUCUUCACAAAAAAGGACACUAAGAUUUAGUAUCAUUACUGGAGAAUAUACUUUCUCCUCUGGAGAAAUGGGGACCACUUUCUUACCUGUUUGAAUAAACCAAAGUUAUGAACCAAACAAUCGCUUUUCAAAGCAGGGUGCUUUUUCUGGUCUCUGGCUUCCAUAAGAAGAAAAUGCAGGAAAAAUAUACAUCUAUUUUGUGAAAGACCAGUCCAUCAGUCCAGUGAGAUGGAAGAUUUUGCUACAUUUUUCACUUACUCCUGGCUAUGUGGAAUCAACUCAUUUUUCAAAUAAGCAAUGUUACCUGGUUGCCAAGAGGCUUCUGAAGCUUACAUUUUCUUACAACUUCAAACUCUUUAAAAAAAAUAUGGGUAACAUUGAGUGGUUUCUACAUCCAUGUGCAAAUUAUUUAUUUAUUAGCCAGCACCAGAUGCAUGAGCUAAUUACCUCCUCUGUCUCCGUGCCUUGUUUGCCCACAGUGAAUUCAUUGUCUAAACGCUUCAAGAACACUCAAGCUGUGUGUUUAAAAAAAAGCAUCAUAUUGAUUUGUACUGGUAGUUUAUAAAGUUUAAUUAAAACAUGUGACAAGAAUGAAAGGUGGCAUUGCACAGCUAAUAAAAUUUGAGAAUUUCACUUCUUCCUGAAAUAAGAA